AUGAUACUUGUGAACUUCAAAAACCUUGUUCACACCGGAGAAUUGAUUACUGAUGAGCCAUAUGUGCUAACUUCACAAGUUGAUCAGGUGUUUUACGUAGAAGAUGGUAGAUACCCGGAUUGGGUUUGCGCAGUAAGGACCAAACCAAGAAAUAUAUACGACGUUGGUCAGAGUGAAGGGCAUCAGGAUUCAGGUGCCAAUUAUCACGAGUGUGAGCCGCUCAUAUUGACCAGAAAUUGUGAUCAGGAUCUGCAGGAUCAUAUCCAAUACGUCAGACCCGACUUAGAUCCAAUUGAAGCGUAUGUUACUAUGAGCCAUAGGGGGAAGAGAAGAGCACGCAGGGGCUCGUCUCUCAAGCGACAGCCUAUGUCGCUUGGGUCUCCGUCAGUCCACCUUGAUGAUAGCGAGCAACAAGACGUUGCUCAGCUUUUGGGUAUUCAGGACGGAUAUCGACCGGUACUUCCAGGCGAUAUGGAAGGGGAGAUCCCUCUCCAUAAUCCAUACGGUCGGGCAGGCAUGGCCCAGAUGGGGUAUCUGCCAGAGAGCCAGCUUGGACAGCGUAUGCAGGGACAUGUAGAGCACCUUGAUGAUAGCCAGCAUAGCGCAGGUCCCGACGACAGUGACACAUCGGCCGAGGAGGACUGUAUUGGUGCGACACAGGACACGGCUGACCCGCAGCCAACCGACCCUGCUCCCGGCGACCACUUACUCCCUCGGCAGGUCCGCACCAUAAGUACCGAUUCAGAGGGAAACGAAGUUAUUGAGGUGUUUACCAUCCGUGACUCGCACAGGUUGCCGGGAGUCCCCGCCGGCAAGCGGAUCAUUAUGGAGUACAAUGCUGCAUGCCAGCCCGUCGGCGUUAGCUCCAUGAGGUUUAAACGGAUGACUGGAGAUAUCGUAAGGAGCUCCAAUUAUGUCCGAAUACCGGACGAUUGGACGAAGGUACCGCAGCGUACCAAAGAGGAUAUUUGGGACGCCUUGAUGGCAUACUUUUUCGUCCCGCCCGAAUUCAAUUUGAAAGCCAUAAAGAAUGAAGCAUUCAAGGAUAUGGGAUCAAAGCUGCGGACUUGGAGGUACGAGCUUAAAAAACGCUGUGCAAUUACGGAGGAAGAUACUCCGGAUACUAUACGGGCAAGAGUGGGGGACAAAACACUUGACGAGUACAAUGCCGAAGACGUGGAGAUCUUAUUGGAGAGAUGGUGUACUCGUCAGAAUAAGGACUAUGCAAACAAAAUGAAGAGCUUGCGAGCAUUAAAUAAAGAGCCCCAUUGCACCGGAUCGAAGAGCUAUGCCAGAGCGACAGAUGAGGAGGCCAUACGUCUGGGCAAGUAUCCUACUCGUGCAGAGAGUAACAUCAGCACGCACACGAAGGCGGACAAAAGCUAUCCGAAUGAGAUAGUGGAAGAAAGAUGUAAAAGGAUGAAGGAGCUGAUACCCACCGACCCUGCAGCGUCGUCUAGCAUCACAGAGGGAACGGUCAAGUGGGCGCCAAACGACGCGUAUGCACAGGCCCAUGGAAAUAAGCCUGAAUACGCCGGUAGGGUUCGGCAGCUUGGAUCGGGUAUUUUGCCCGUGCGGGGCUCCAUACGUUCAUACUAUACACCUUCACAAGCAAGGUCAGAAAACACCAGCCAGUACUCCAUGAUAUCACAAGAAACGCUUGACAGAGCUCUUGAGGCGGAGAGGGCGAAGCACAAGGAAGAGAUAGAUGCAUUGGUGGCCGAGAACAAUGCACGUCAGGCAGCGUUUGACGCCCGAUUGCGCCAGAUCGAGGCAAUGAUGCGGUUCAGCUCUGCACCAGAUGGAGCUUCCCCACAUAUUGCGGUGGUGCCAUCGUCGAUCGACGGCGAAGCAGGUGAUGGAGAAGAUGCUAUGAAUGUCAAUAAUCAGCAUUGACCGUCUGGUUUGCCAUUCAUACUUGUAUAAAAGUUACUUUGUUGACGUAAUUGUAUUUAUGAUAUCCCUUUUUAUAACAACAGAGAUAGUUUUUUGAUA